UGUUUAACGCUGCGAGCUGGUCGGAGCUGCGCCAUGGCGGCGCGCGACAGCAGCCCGCGCCCUCUGCAGAAGGCCAUGCGGCUCGUGAAGGAGGCCAUUCAGCUGGACACGAGGAACAGACAGAAGGAGGCCUACUGUGAAUAUUUGAGAAGUGUCAACUAUAUCUCUCAUAUCCUCCUUCAGAAUGCAGUGUCUCCAGCCUUGGUAGUUGAGGAGGAUCUGGAGGCUGCAGAGCUUGUUAAAAUGGUACGGCUCGCCGAGCAAUGCUUAGAAAGAGUGAAGUCCUGCCUCGAGAGAAGGAAGGGUCCCCCCGGAGACGAGCGCCCCCCCACCACGGCCCCCGGAGACGAGCGCCCCCCCACCACGGCCCCUGCCUUGGCCCCCCCACGCUCCACAGCAGCCUGCCCCAACGCAAUAGCGCCUGGGGCUCAGAGUAAGUGGAGCCGUGCCGUCCAGCCCAGACACAGCAGGGUCUCCGAAGCCGUAGAGGCACCCGCUGCCUUCCUGCCCCCUGAAGUCUUCCAGAAGAUACAGGCGGCGGAGUCACAAGACAGCAGAAAAGAGCUGACUCCUAUUCAGGAGGCCUCGCGUUUAAACCAGAAGCUAAAGGCCAAUUACGAGGCACGUCUCUCGAGACUUUCCCCGAGUCAGGCCUCACAGAAAACCUCUCUGACGCUGUCUCUCCAGAGACAGAUGACGGAGAACAUCAUCAUAGCCAGAGCGAGGGAACAGGCUCUCUGCAGAAAGAUGGAAGAAAGGAGACUUAGACUGCAGGAGCAAGCCAACAGGAGGUUUUCAUCUUCUGCUACCGUGACGCCCAGGAGCAGGGAACAGAGAGUACUCUAUGCAAAUAUUUUAGAAUAUGAACAAGACCAAUGUGAGUGUGACUGGCCUAAAGUUUGGAAAGCAAACCUGAAAAAGAACCCAAAUGAUGCCACUUUGGUUUCAGGCCUCCUCGCACAUCUGCUAAGCUGUCUAGACCACCCUGUCAUGAAGCUGCUGAAAAGGCUACAGUGUGAGGUGUAUCAGAGACUCUACCCCCUGGUCCGAAACUCGGCCUGUCCCGUCAGCCUGAAGCUGUCCCGGAGCGCCCAGAGUCUGGCUGGCAGCAGCCCCGACGUCCAGGUCCAGCCUGGGCUGGCGCACAGCCUGUCAGACGCAUCGCUCUCCCUCUCGAUGCUCCAUGACCUCAACGCCGACGACGCACCCGAGAUGGACUCGGAGCAGAUCCAAACCCCGACCCCUCCAGACCGAGAGAACUCCUUUGAAGACCUGGAGCAGUUUUUGACACAGAUGGACUGGGUUCCGGCCCCUGGCGGGGACGACACGGUCUCGGAUAUGACCUUUGACUCGACCCACGGUGACCUGGAAGCACACAUUCAGGACCUAGAGGAGCGAGCUCUGAAGGAACACCUGAAAGCCAUAGUCAAAGACGUCAUGAUGCCAUCGGUAGGUGAAUCGUUGCUGUCUCUUUGCCUGCUCUCUUUUGAAUGUCUCAACACUGCAAGCGCCAAGGACCAGUGUGUCGCAUGCAUAGAGGAGGUCUUCUUCAUGCCGAUAUGGAGCCCUCUGCUGGCUCUCUUUAGGAAAGUGCACCGGGAACGAGAGCUGGCUUUUGAGAACAGCGUUCACCUUUACCGGAAUGCCUCACCUGGUGAUGUCGGCGUAGCACCUAAAUUAUUCCCCAAGGACAUGACCCUUCUCCAUGGUUCCUAUCCGUACGAGUGUGCUGUGCAGGAGCUGAAACAGCUGUGCAGAGAUCACUGCCCUCAGAGGAAGCUGGAAUGCAUAGUGAGAACCCUGAGGCUUAUCUGUGCGUGUGCGGAGCACUACCGCCUCCUACAGGACAACAAGCCAGUGCCUCAGACUGCAGCCAUGCCGGUGCCCAGCGGGGGUCUGCGUCUCGGCCGCGUCCCUCAGCGGGGGUCUGCGUCUCGGCCGCGUCCCUCAGCGGGUCACCCUGAGCUGGCCGACCUGCUAAAGGCGCAGACGACCCUCCCUAACCCAUCCUCUCGUUAUGUGGCCCUGCGCAAAAAUGGACGUGUUCCCCCAGGUAUCUAUCGGGGAGGAGGGAUACGUCUAACCUCCAUGCAGAGUGCGCUGACGUACGUGGAGUCGUUGCACAUGGGCGGAGCUUCGCACCAGGCGGCCAGGUCCACCUGAGACAGCUGCAACAAGAGGGUGUGUUCAGCAGGCCCACCCCCCUCAGCCCAGGUCAUGAUGCCUCUUCCGCGUCACGGCUCCCCAUGCUACCCCUCUGGUCUCUCCACCGGCAGAGCCGUGGAGGAGGGAGCUCGGCGUGUCCAGGGUGCGUCCAGGCUCGGUCUUUGCUAGACAGUUGGAGCCUGUCCCACUUCUAAAGACCGUGAAAUUUGCAGGAUCAGGGAACGGUCUCGUCAGAUUGAGAGACUCGGAAAGAUGAGAUGGUGUAUUCUCCCCAGCCUCUUUUAUUUCCCUCCUGAUGCCGCCGUUUCAGCUUUUACCGUCAGCCUGUGCUUCUCUGUAACACUGCAAAGCGUCUACCAUCUUAAAUUUAACCAGGCUCGUUCAGAUGUGUUCAGGUAGAAUAACGUUGGCAAAAUUUUGUUCAAUUUAAAAAUGUUGUACAAGGUCAUCUGUGAGAAGAUUGCGUGCCAGGCCUGUGAGGACCUACGUUUUAAUGACGUCGUUUUCAGCAAUAUUUUAUCACUAGUGCAUGAGAAGAGCUUGGUACCUGCCCAGCGGAAAGGGACUUCAGUCCGAAAUAUUCCUCACUUGUCGGACCGGGAUGAGGUCCGUGCAGCCAGAUGGGGUCGGAGUUUGACCCCCGUCCACGUUUCUCAAAGAUUUAUUUGCCUUGUAAAGUGUGACCACCGUUUUAUUUUAGAUUUGAUGCACGUGUUGCGGUGACUUGCGUUCUAAUGAAUGAGUACCAGUGCUGGUUGCAUCACUGUAAUGUACUUGGCCAGUUUUUCGGACCCAGUCUGAGGUGUGUGUGUGUGUGUGUGUGUGUGUGUGUGUCCCUCACACACACACACACACACACCCCUGCAUGCUCCUCUACUGAUUGGAUGUUUUAGGUCAUCUCUUCUCCUAAUGAUGCAGUUUUCAGCUGUAUUUAAUAAAUGUAGAACUUUA